AUGGCGGCUAACAAGAGUAGAAAGUUUUACACAAGAGACGAGGUUUUGAAAGAAGUUGCUCACAAUGGUGAGAAUGACAAAGGUGGAGAGAAUGACGAAGGUGAAGAGAAUGACGGGGAAAGUCAUUAUGAAAAAAAUAAAACGCGGGCAGAACAGCUGAUGGCGAACACGUCUUUCAAAGCAAGGGAUGUCUUCGUGGAUGAAGCAAGGUUGUGGCUCACCUCGAUAAGUCGCCGUCUUAGCGGGAGACAAACUAUAAGGAACCCGUUCUACGGUGAAAUUUCAAGGGAUAUUCCUUAUGAAAUGUUUACUUUCCUGGUGAGAUUGGUGAAAUCUACCCCUGAAUAUUGUCCGCCGUUCUGCUACUAUGCUCUCAACAAGAAAGGAGAAGUUAUCUCAUUUACUUCACUAAGGCUGCUUGUGGAUUUUCUAGUUUUACUCUCUCGAUUUUCUGCAGACAAAGUAGCCAUGUAUUUCAAGAGAACUCUUGCUACCGGUUCCAGAAAAGGUCACAAUGUUUCAGUUAUUACAUCCGAUGAAAAGGACUUUGCUUUUAUUUAUAAAUGCAGACAAGGUAAACUGGUGAUUUCGUUUUAUUUUGGUGAAUGGGAACUCUAGUGGUUUUCCACAACAUGUAGAAUAGCUUUUCAUUUUUAUUUACGGUAGUGAGGUUUCUCUUGUUUAUACAUGGCUACUUGAUAUUUUUGCAAAAGUGAAGUAAUCAAAUAGUAAAACGACCGAAACGUCCAUUAUCAAUGAAGUAAAUGAUAUAUACUUCUCCUUUCUUGUUGUCAGCAUGUAUCAUUUAG